AUGUGGGCCCUAUCUACAGUGUCUAUUGGUCCUGACCUAGUGGUGGCAGAUAAAGCACCGUCGAAAUUAAUCUUGACGGAGCCGGGAUUUGGAGGAAUCCGGUUAGCUGAGGAGGGUCUAGAAGUCGGCAACAGAUCCGACGGAAGUGAGGCUCCGCUCAACAGAAGCACAGAUACAGAUCAGUGUCCUAAUUUUUUUUGGGGGUGCGGGAAGGUGGUUAUGUCCCAUAGGAAAAGUGCUGAAACAGUAGAAAUCACAGUACAAGUGUUUUUGCAUGCAGGCUAUAAACUUUUCUUUUCUUUCAUAAUUAAUGCAAUAAACACUGCAAAUCUCUGCAAUGUGCUUACUGAUCAUGAAUUUGGUGGGGCUGUGUGUCCAGGGAUGCUCAGUAUAACAGAUACAAAUGACAUGGAGAGGGCCCUUUUCACAAGAAGGGUGAGGUAUCCUUUUCACCCAAAAGGCCCUCUAGCUAGCUUCUUAGGAUUUGUGUCAAAUUUCAACAAAUUCAACACGCAUCUCAAUGGGUGCACUGACCUGGAUGCAGUGCACCAUUCUCAAGCAAGGGCAGUCCCCUACACACCCCAAUCAAAAACCAGGUAUGUGCAAAAGGCAUCUUCGAUUCUAACAUGA